UUCAAGCACGCUCCACAGAGAAGCGUAGUUGUUAGGAAAUUUGUACAAAUUCGCAAUUUUCUGCUAAUAUUCUCUGUGCUAAACUACUGAAAAUUAUAUUGCCACGUGGAAACAAUCCCACUUAAUAUACGUACGGAAAUAACAAACGUAGAAACAAAAAAAAAAGCGCCAUGGAUUCGGAUCUGUACGACGAAUUCGGGAACUACAUCGGUCCGGAUCUGGAAAGUGACGAAGAUGAUGACCAAAGCCUGUACGGCCAGGCGGACCAGCAGGACGAUCUGGACCUGGACGAAGGGAUGGAAGAGGAAGCAGAGCAAAGCGAAGAUCCGGCCAGCUCCCGGGCUGUAGUGCUUCACGAAGACAAACGAUACUACCCAUCGGCUCUGGAAGUGUACGGAGAGGAGGUGGAAACGAUCGUUCAGGAGGAAGAUGCACAACCGUUGGACAAACCGCUAAUUGAACCGGUAAAGAAGGUCAAGUUCCAGAUCAAGGAACAGGAACUUCCGGAUACUACGUACAAUAUGGAAUUCUUGGCGGACAUAAUGGAUACACCUACGCUGAUCAGAAAUGUUGCUCUUAUUGGUCAUUUACACCAUGGAAAAACAACGUUUGUGGACUGUUUGGUGCGACAGACGCAUCCUCAAUUCCAGGAUAUGGAUGAGCGCAACCUACGCUACACGGAUACGCUGUUCACCGAACAGGAACGUGGAGUUAGUAUCAAGGCAACUCCUAUCACGUUGGUCCUGCCGGAUGUGAAGAGCAAAAGCUUCCUGAUCAACGUAUUCGAUACACCUGGGCAUGUGAACUUCUCCGACGAGGUCACCGCUGCCAUGCGUCUUUGCGACGGUGUGGUUCUGUUUGUGGACGCCGCCGAAGGAGUCUCACUCAAUACGGAACGGCUGCUGAAGCAUGCCAUCCAGGAGAAACUGGCCAUCACGGUUUGCAUCAACAAGAUCGAUCGGCUGAUGUUGGAGCUGAAACUUCCCCCACAGGAUGCGUACUUCAAGCUGAAGCACAUCGUGGAGGAAAUCAACGGACUGCUGACUUUGUACGGAGAUUCCAUCGUGAAGCAGGUGUCACCCAUCCUAGGCAAUGUUUGUUUCGCCAGUUCUCUGUACGGAAUCUGUUUUACCUUGAAGUCUUUCGCUCGACUCUACUCGGACACCUACGACGGCGUAAAUCCGACCGAGUUUGCCCGCCGACUCUGGGGUGACAUGUACUUCCAUAAUAAGUCUCGCAAGUUCACCAAGAAGCCACCGCACAGUUCUGCCCAGCGUAGCUUUGUGGAGUUUAUUCUGGAACCGUUGUACAAACUGUUUGCCCAAGUUGUCGGUGACGUGGACACCACCUUGGCGGACACGAUGGCCGAGUUGAACAUUCGCGUCACCAAGGAGGAGAUGAAAUGUAACAUCCGGCCACUGCUGCGUCUGAUCUGCAAUCGUUUCAUCGGAGACUUUUGCGGAUUCGUCGACAUGUGUGUGGAGCACAUUCAGUCACCGUUGGACAAUGCCCAGGCCAAAAUCGAUCACAUCUACACUGGGGUCAAGGAGAGUGGCAUCUACCAGGAUAUGCUGAAUUGCGACCAAAAUGCUCAGCUGAUGGUGCACACUUCGAAGAUGUAUCCGACAGAGGAUUGUACCUUCUUCCAGGUGCUGGGUCGAGUCAUGAGCGGAACACUGCAUGCCGGCCAGGAAGUUCGGGUGUUGGGAGAGAAUUAUUCGCUAAUGGACGAGGAAGAUUCCAGAACCUUGCAAGUGGGCCGACUCUGGAUCUAUGAAGCAAGAUACAAGGUGGAGUUAAAUCGAGUUCCAGCAGGAAACUGGGUUUUAAUAGAGGGUAUCGAUCAGUGCAUCGUGAAGACAUCUACCAUUACCGAAGUAAGCAUGAAUGAGGACGUCUUCAUCUUUAGACCUCUGAAGUUCAACACGCAAAGUAUCAUCAAAAUCGCGGUCGAACCGGUGAAUCCUUCGGAGCUGCCAAAAAUGCUCGACGGAUUGCGAAAGGUGAACAAAUCCUAUCCUCUUUUGUCUACCAAAGUCGAGGAAUCCGGCGAGCAUGUCAUCCUGGGAACUGGCGAGCUGUAUCUGGAUUGCGUGAUGCAUGACUUGCGCAAAAUGUACUCGGAAAUCGAUAUAAAGGUGGCCGAUCCGGUGGUGGCAUUUUGCGAGAGUGUAGUCGAAACCAGUUCCUUGAAAUGUUUUGCCGAAACUCCAAAUAAAAAGAACAAGAUCACGAUGAUUGCCGAACCGCUGGAGAAGGGUCUCGGCGAAGACAUUGAAAACGAGACCGUUUCCAUCGGUUGGAACAAGAAGAAGCUCGGUGAGUUUUUCCAGAUUAACUACGAUUGGGAUCUACUGGCUGCCCGUUCGAUUUGGGCUUUUGGACCGGACAACACGGGACCCAACAUCCUGGUGGACGAUACGUUGCCAUUUGAAGUGGACAAAACCCUUCUGGGAUCGGUGAAAGACUCCAUCAUACAAGGCUUCCAGUGGGGAACACGAGAAGGUCCCCUUUGCGAGGAGCCUAUCCGUAAUGUGAAGUUCAAAAUCCUCGAUGCCGUCAUCGCUCAGGAACCGCUGCAUCGCGGAGGUGGUCAAAUCAUCCCAACCGCCAGACGAGUAGCUUACUCCGCUUUCCUCUUAGCCACGCCCCGGUUGUGCGAACCCUAUCUAUUCGUCGAAGUACAAGCACCUGCCGAUUGUGUUUCUUCAGUGUACUCCGUUCUGGCCAGACGACGAGGUCACGUCACACAGGACGCCCCCGUCCCCGGUUCUCCUCUGUACACCAUCAAGGCAUUCAUUCCAGCGAUAGAUUCGUUCGGUUUCGAAACCGAUCUUCGAACGCACACCCAAGGGCAAGCAUUCUGCCUGUCGGUAUUCCACCACUGGCAGAUCGUCCCCGGUGACCCGCUGGACAAGAGUAUUGUUAUUCGACCGUUGGAACCUCAACCGGCAACGCAUUUGGCACGUGAAUUCAUGAUUAAAACUCGCCGAAGGAAGGGACUCUCCGAGGAUGUGUCCAUCAACAAAUUCUUCGACGAUCCUAUGUUGCUGGAACUGGCCCGCCAAGAUGUGCUGCUCAACUAUCCCAUUUAAGCCCCGGGUAAGUUGGUAGAUUUGCGCAAGGAUUUCUGAAUAAUACCAUAGCUUUUAACGUGUUCCACUCGAUA